GGCGGAGGCGGCCGGGCCCGGCGGUGGAGCGCCGCGCCGCGCCGGAUGCGCUGCUGCCCCCGCCCUCCGCAGCCGUUCAGUCUAGCGCAGUCGGGCCCCGCUCCAGCCUCCGCGCGCAGGGGUCCCCUCAGCCGAGCCGCCCGGCCCGGGGGUCGCCGUCUCUCUCCCGGGCGCCCCCAGUGCGGGGAGAGCCCCGGCCAGGCGCGCGGGAGCUGGGCCCUCCCGUGCCGCCAUGGCCCCCAAGGAUGUCAUGACCAACUCCCACGCCAAGUCCAUCCUGAACGCCAUGAACGCCCUGCGGAAGAGCAGCACGCUCUGCGACGUGACUCUGCGCGUGGAGCAGAAGGACUUCGCCGCGCACCGCAUUGUGCUGGCGGCCUGCAGCGAUUACUUCUGCGCCAUGUUCACCAGCGAGCUUUCAGAAAAAGAUAAACCAUAUGUGGAUAUCCAAGGGUUGACAGCCUCUACUAUGGAAAUCCUGCUGGACUUUGUGUAUACAGAAACGGUUCACGUGACAGUAGAAAAUGUCCAGGAAUUGCUCCCAGCAGCAUGUCUGCUUCAGCUGAAAGGUGUGAAGCAGGCUUGUUGUGAGUUCUUGGAAAGCCAGCUGGAUCCAUCAAACUGUUUGGGCAUCCGAGAUUUUGCUGAGACACACAACUGCGUUGAUCUAAUGCAGGCAGCAGAGGUCUUCAGCCAGAAACACUUCCCAGAGGUGGUUCAGCAUGAAGAGUUCAUCCUCUUAAAUCAGGAAGAGGUGGAAAAGCUCAUAAAAUGUGAUGAAAUUCAGGUGGAUUCUGAAGAACCUGUUUUUGAGGCAGUUAUAAAUUGGGUGAAACACUCAAAAAAGGAACGGGAGGACUCCUUGCCAGAGCUGCUGCAGUACGUGCGCAUGCCGCUUCUUACCCCACGCUACAUCACAGAUGUCAUAGACACCGAGCCUUUUAUACGAUGCAGUUUGCCGUGCCGAGACCUUGUAGAUGAAGCUAAGAAAUUCCACUUAAGGCCUGAGCUCCGGAGUCAGAUGCAGGGACCCAGGACCAGAGCACGUCUAGGGGCUAACGAGGUUCUGCUAGUGAUUGGAGGCUUUGGUAGUCAGCAGUCACCUAUUGACGUGGUGGAAAAAUAUGACCCAAAGACCCAGGAGUGGAGUUUCUUGCCGAGCAUCACCCGUAAGAGGCGCUAUGUUGCCACGGUGUCCCUGCAUGAUCGGAUUUACGUGAUUGGGGGAUACGACGGCCGCUCCCGUCUCAGCUCUGUGGAGUGCUUGGAUUAUACGUCGGAUGAGGAUGGCAUCUGGUACUCAGUGGCUCCAAUGAAUGUUCGUCGAGGCCUGGCAGGGGCCACUACCCUAGGAGAUAUGAUCUACGUUUCUGGUGGUUUUGAUGGAAGCCGACGUCACACCAGUAUGGAAAGAUAUGACCCAAAUAUUGAUCAGUGGAGUAUGCUGGGAGACAUGCAAACAGCUCGGGAAGGAGCAGGACUGGUUGUAGCUAAUGGUGUUAUCUACUGCCUCGGUGGCUAUGAUGGGCUAAACAUCCUGAACUCUGUAGAGAGGUAUGAUCCUCACACUGGACACUGGACAAAUGUCACCCCAAUGGCCACCAAGCGCUCAGGUUACCAUGAACGAUACCACUCUUCUGAGGAUAACACAGCGAGAUAAAGAAAGGAUGUUGCUUGAAUGCCAGCAAUCACCGGGACCAUACGCAGCUGGGCUUUGUCAUGCAAUGAUACCAGACUACUUGCUACAUGCAUGGCGUGGUCAAGUGUCCUACCAUGGUGGACGGAAUAAGGCUGCCUUGCCCAGAAACCUUCUGCAAAGGCUUUUGGAGUACCUCCAGGAGAGCUUCAUGGAGAUGUCCCUGGAGGAUUUCCGCUCCAUCCCCAGACAUGUUAACAAACUUUUUCCAAUAACUGUACUGGCCGCAAAUGCAUCCCAAAUCCUCAGGGCAAAUCAAUCAUUAAAAAAUGCUUGCUUUUAAACCAUGUUUUAUAUUUACAAAGGUACACUCACCAGAGGUCGCUUCCAUGGUUUCAUUGUCUUGGCUAGUGGCUUGGGAGAGCUGGGAGGGUAAUUCCGACUGGGUGAGAAAAAGCUCCUGGCUGUUGGGGAGAACAGAGUGCUGUGUGCCUUCUGCAAGCUCGUCCUCCUCUUCCUCCUCCUCAUCUUCCCUGUCCGCAGAAUCCUCAGCCAUGGCUGAGAUUACUACCCCCACCUCGGAAUCCACGGACAGGGGUGGGGUGGUGGUGGCAGACCCCCCUAGAAUUGCAUGCUUCUCAGCGUAGAAGCGGCAUGUUUUCAGCCCUGUCCCAGACCUUCCGUUUGCUUCUUUGGUUUUCUGAUAGGCUUGUCUGAGCUCCUUAACUUUCACUCUGCACUGCACUGAGUCCCUGGUGUGGCCUUUCUCCAUCAUGGCCUUGGAAAUUUUUUCAAAUGUUUUUUCAUUUCAUCUUUUGGAACGGAGUUCUGUUAGCACAGAAUCCUCUCCCCGUAUAGCAAUCAGAUCCAGUACCUCCCAUGCGGUCCAUGCUGGAGCUCUUUUUCAGUUCUCAGGAGACUGCAUUGUUACCUGUGCUAAUGAGCUCUGCGUGGUCACCUGUGCUGAUGAGCUCUCCACGCUGGGCAAACAGGAAAUGAAAUUCAAAAGUUCGCGGGGCUUUUCCUGUCUACCUGGCCAGUGCAUCCGAGUUCAGAUUGCUGUCCAGAGCGGUCACAGUUGUGCACUGUGGGGUACCGCCCGGAGGCCAAUACCGUCGAUUUGCGGCCACACUAACCCUAAUCCGAUAUGGUAAUACCGAUUUCAGCGCUACUCCUCUCGUCAUGGAGGAGUACAGAAACCGGUUUAAAGAGCCCUUUAUAUCGAUAUAAAGGGCCUCAUUGUGUGGACAGGUGCAGCGUUAAAUCGGUUUAACGCUGCUAAAAUCAGUAUAAACGCAUAGUGUAGACCAGGCCUCAGUCAACAGACUUGGGCUCACACUACGGUGGAGAAACUAGCUGUGUAGACAUUUGGGCUACAGCAGGAGCUCAGGCUCUGAACCCAGCCCUGUCCCUGGGCUUCAGAGGUCAAGCUUCUGCCCAGGCCCUAACGUCUAUGAGCUACUUUUAGUGCUACAGCAUGAGCCCAAGUCUGUUGACCCGGGCUUCGAGACUCUGUGCCACAGGAUUUGUGGGGUUUUUGUUUUAUUUUGUUUUGUUUUUGCCGUGUUGAUGUACCUUAGGGGCUGCAGACAGCCACUUUGGGCUGAUCUUGGGAGAAUCCAGUCUCCAAAUAUGACAGAGGAAGUCUCAUCCACCUUCCACCUGACCAUGCUGUGACAUGACCUCGCUGGCUCCUUAUUGGUAUGUUAGCACGUUAGCAGGCAGAGUCCCUGGAAUAUUGUCACAGGCAUAAGCUCAUUUAGCAACAGACUAUUGUUCACUGGAAGAGGGUACAGAGGCAGCGCCAAUCUUGCUGCUGGUACUGCUAUACAGUAGAGUGAACUAAUUUUGCUUUCUCCCAGUGGCAGGGAGCACAAACACACCCUAAACUUUCCCGCAGCGUUACUUCCUGACAUUUCUUACCCUUGGAGAGCUGUAUUGGGGGGUUGCCAAAAAAACAGCCAACCAACAAGACCAGUAACCCUGUUACAAGGCUAACUCUGUGUGCACCCCAUCCAGUCCAUAACCCCAGCUCUCACCUCAUAUAGCAUUCUUCUCCCAGAGCCUGGCAUAAACCUCAAGAUUCCUAAUCACAGCAUCCUGCAGCUAUUUAACAAAUAGUUGUAUGACCCACUGGCUGAAUGUGUGUCAUGUCCCAGCUAAUAGUUGGGCCACCCAAAAGGUGAAUCAUAGAAUAUUAGGGUUGGAAGAGACCUCAGGAGGUCAUCUAGUCUAAUCUCUCAAAGCAGGACCAACACCAACUAAAUCAUCACAGCCAGGGCUUUGUCAAGCCGGGCCUUAAAAACGUCUAAGGAUGGAGAUUCCACCACCUCCCUAGGUAACCCAUUCUAGUGCUUCGCCACCCUCCUAGUGAAAUAGCGUUUCCUAAUAGCCAACCUAGACCUCUCCCACUGCAACUUGAGAUUGUUGCUUCUUGUGUCAUCUGCCACCACUGAGAACAGCCUAGCUCCAUCCUCUUUGGAACUCUCCUUCAGGUGGUUGAAGGCUGCUAUCAAAUCCCCCCUCACUCUUCUCUUCUGCAGACUAAACAAUCCCAGUUCCCUCAGCCUCUCCUCAUAAGUCAUGUGCCCCAACCCCCUAAUCAUUUUCAUUGCCCUCUACUGGAAUCUCUCCAAUUUGUCCCCCUUCUGUAGUGGGGGGACCAAAACUGGAUGCUAUAUUCCAGAUGUGGCCUUACCAGUGCCAUAUAGAGGGGAAUAAUCGCUUCCCUUGAUCUGCUGGCAAUGCUCCUACUAAUGCAGCCCAAUAUGCUGUUAGCCUUCUUGGCAACAAGGGCACACGGCUGACUCAUAUCCAGCUUUUCAUCCACUGUAAUUCUCAGGUCCUUUUCUGCUGAACUGCUGCUUAGCCAGUCGGUCCCCAGCCUGUAGGGGUGCAUGGGAUUCUUCCUUCCUAAGUGCAGGACUCUGCACUUGUCCUUGUUGAAUAUCAUCAGAUUUCUUUUUGCCCAAUCCUCCAAUUUGUCUAGGUCACUCAGGACCCUAUCCUUACCCUCCAGCUUAUGUACCUCUCCCCCCAGCUUAGUGUCAUCUGCGAACUUGCUGAGAGUGCAGUUCAUCCCAUCAUGCAGAUCAUUAAUAAAGAUGUUGAACAAAACUGGCCCCAGGACCAACCCCUGGGGCACUCCGCUUGAUACCGGCUGCCAAGUAGACAUCAAGCCAUUGAUCACUACCAGUUGAGCCCGACAAUCUAGCCAUCUUUCUGUCCACCUUAUAGUCCAUUCAUCCAAUCCAUACUUCUUUAACUUGCUGGCAAGAAUACCGUAUCAAAAGCUUUGCUAAAGUCAAGAUAUAUCACAUCCACCGCUUUCCCCAUAUCCACAGAGCCAGUUAUCUCAUCAUAGAAGGUAAUCACAUUGGUCAGGCAUGACUUGCCCUUGGUGAAUCCAUGUUGACUGUUCCUGAUCAUCUUCCUCUCCUUCAAGUGCUUCAAAAUGGAUUCCUUGAGGACCUGCUCCAUGAUUAUGCCGGGGACUGAAGUAAGGGUGACUGGUCUGUAGUUCCCCGGGUUCUCUUUCUUCCCUUUUUAAAAUAUGGGCACUGUAUUUGUCUUUUUCCAGUCGUCUAGGACCUUCCCUAAUCGCCACAAAUUUUCUAAAAUAAUGGCCAAUGGCUCUGCAAUCACAUCAGCCAACUCCCUCCGCACCUUGGAUGCAUUAGAUCUGGCCCCAUGGACUUGUGCCUGUCCAGGUUUUCUAAAUAGUCUUUAACCUGCUCUUUCACCACUGAGGGCUGCUCACCUCCUCCCCAUACUGUGCUGCCCAGUGCAGCAGUCUGGGUGCUGACCUUGUCUGUGAAGACCGAGGCAAAAAAAUGCAUUGAGUACUUCAGCUUUUUCCACAUCAUCUGUCAUUAGGUUGCCUCCCCCAUUCAGUAAGGGUCCCACGCUUUCCCUGACCACCUUCUUGUUGCUAACAUACCUGUAGAAACCUUUUCUUGUUACCCUUCACGUACCUUGCUAGCUGCAACUCCAAUUGUGCUAUGGCCUUCCUGAUUACACCCUUGCAUGAUCUAGCAAUAUUUUUAUAGUCCUCCGUAAUCAUCUGUCCAAAUUUCUACUUCUUGUAAGCUUCCUUUUUGAGUUUAAGCACUGAAGAUUUCACUGUUAAGCCAAGCUGGUCGCCUGCCAUAUUUGCUAUUCUUUCUGUACAUCGGGAUGGUUUGUUCCUGUGCCCUCAAUAAGGCUUAUUUAAAAUACAGCCAGCUCCCCUGGACUUCUUGCCCUCUCAUAUUAGCCUCCCAGAAGAUCCUGCCCAUCAGUUCCCUAAGGGAGUCUGUCUGCUUUUCUGAACUCCAGGUGUGGCAGUGCCCCCGAUAAGGCUUUAUGGAAAUAUACUUAUAUAUGACAUAACUGGAAUGUAUAUAUGACACAACUGGAAUAUGUUUUAUGCUACAUAUGCCAUGUAACAUAUCUUGGUAAAGUUUAUGAUCUACUGAAUACAUUCCUCGUCUUUGCAUGCAUGUAUCAUUUUUGUACUUGAAGUUAUGAAUAUUGGCUGUAUACUUGCUUGAUUUCUAAGUAAGCUUUGUAAGGCAUUUUGUCAGCUUCUUUGGAAAGGAAUUUGCAACGUUAAGUGCCCAAUCAAGAAGCACGCAAGGAACAAUGAAUCUUGGAAUUCUCCAAUCCACAUAAGAGUACCUGAGGACGUUCAAGGAAGCAUGUGAACCAUGGCUGCUACCCUGUAAGUUCUGAGUCAUGCAUGGACAUGUGACUUGCCAAUGUGACUCAAAAACUCCAUCUUGGAGCUGGACUUUGCAUAGGAGAGAGGAGGGAGUCUCCACCCACAAGAGAGAGUCUAUUUAAACCCCUGGGAGACCCCUCUACUUUGUCUUCAGCUGGCGAAAGAGAGAGCCUCUCCACCCCCAAGGAUACCUGAAAGAAACUGGAACAAAGGACAGUAGCCACAGGGGGUGUGAGUGAUUGCUGGAUGCAGACUAGCAGGAGACUAGUCUGUGAAAGGAAGCUUACUGGAACUGGUGAAGUUUUAUUUGUAUUCAGUUUCCUAGACAUAGACUUGCAUGUUCUAUUGUAUUUUACUUGGUAAUUCACUUUGUUCUGUCUGUUACUACUGGGAACCACUUAAAUCCGAUUUUCUGUUUUUAAUAAAAUCACUUUUACUUAUUAAUUAA